AUGACCACCGUAGCACCUGUGAGUGACGGAGCGGUGGUCGGUGCAGUAUCGAGAGGACGCCGCCAGCAGCGCACAGCACAGCGGACCGAGGACGUCACGUUCUUCUGCAAGCGCUUGGCGACUCAACACAAGCCAAGGCAAUGUCCCGCUUUUGGUAAAGUGUGCUCUUACUGCCACGGGAAGAAUCAUUUUGCCAAGCAAUGUUUCUCCAAAAAGAAAGAGGGAAAAAGGGGCAAGAAUGUAAACGUGGUGGACGAUGCUGAGUCUGACACAGAUCUAAGUGAUACGUUCUUUGUGGGUAUGGUGAGCCACAAGAGAUCGACGGUGAUGAUGCGCCCGUGUCCAAAAGACAGAGAACAGACAAAGAGAAGAACACUGCGAUGUUACUGUGUGGACAAGUUCCAGAAGAUGAUGAUCCUGCUGUACAAAGAGGAUCCAGUUCCGACGAAAUGA